UGGGUUGUGUUGUUGUGUUGUUGUAGUGAAUCCCGCAUUGAAUUCAGUGUUUGUUAGACUAGUGUUGCGUUCAGUCAGUCAUUGAAUUGAAUGAACGCUAGCUUUAAGUCAUUGAAUUUGAUUGGAUUUAAAGGGAAAAUACCUUUAAAUGUGUUUCAUAUGGUUUGACGUUAUGUUUAGUGACACUAAUUGUCUAUUAAUUAUAACAAUAUAACAGUUUAUUGUCAACAAAUCAUUUGACAUAAUAUUCAUACAAUUGUCUUGAAAUAUAAGUUAUUAUCACUUGAUUUGGUCUAAGAAAUGGCUAAAGACGAUCAGCAGGUGAUGAUUGACGACAAGUCUAGUGUCAAUCACAACAACAAUAAUAAUAAUAACAUCGAAAACAAUUGCAUGUCUUGUACGCCGCCGACGGUGGCCAACGACCACAACAAGACCAUCACUAUGAGUGCCAAUCGGUGUCCGUCGGCGGCCAUUAAUCACCAUAGAGUUAGUCUCCAGCGAUUGUCGUCCGAAAGUCGGGCCAAAAGAGUAAAGUUCUUCAUAAACGGAGAUAAGUUUUUCAAAGGCUAUAUCUAUGUCUUCAAUGAUAAGACAAUCCGUACUUUCGAUGCUCUCAUUCAAGACCUGAAUCGACUCUUUCGACAUCAAAUUGGUUUACCGUCUGGUGUUCGUUACAUCUUUACCAUAGAUGGUGGAGAAAGAGUGUCAUCAUUGGAACAGUUGAACCAAUCGAUGAGUUAUGUGUGUUCUUCAGCAGAUAAUUAUAUUCGCUUAGACUAUGAAUCGUUUUGCAAUAUCAGUAACGUUUGCGCCAACAGUUCAGUGAGCCUUAAAAAUCAUAGCAUUAUUAAUAACACGAAGAAGUCUAUCCAUGAGAUUAAUACCGAUAAUCAAUUGACAACACCAUCGGCAACACUACCACUCAAUUCAUCACAUAUUAACUCAUGUCUAACUCAAUCAUUGCAGACAUCAUCGGUUAGCUCUUCUUCAUCAACAGCAUCUCCGACACCGAAAGCGCCGCCAGAUUUUAUAAGACCUAAAAUAGUGACAAUAAUGAAGAAUGGAGUGAAACCACGGAAAAUGUUUAGAUUAUUACUCAACAAAAAGACAGCACAGACUUAUGAUAAAGUGCUCAACGAUAUAUCAAAUACGAUUAAACUGGACUCCGGAGCUCUUAGGAAAAUAUACACCCUAUCAGGCAAUCAGGUCUUAUGUUUGUCUGACUUUUUCACUGACGACGAAAUCUUUAUUGCAUUUGGUUCUGAAAAGUAUUCUCACGAAGACUUAGAUCUCGAUCCCGAAGAGAACAAACUACUAAACAGUUUCAAGACAUCGUCAUUGACUAGAAAUUUAUGUAAUAGAAGUUCUUCAAAGAAGACAACUUCUGGUUCGCCGCUAUCAGUCAUUUACGGUUCCAUAAGUAAUGGCAAAGGAGUCAACACUACUAACAAUCAAAACUCACCAAAAAUAGGCUCAAAAGUUAAAGAAAAAAACAGUCGAAAUAUAGCUCUUAACGGCAAUUAUCUAUACAAUGGUAAUACCAAUGGAAACGGCUAUUCCAUAUCGAUUCUCUUUCCUAAACAAGUGACACAACUCUAUGAAAUCGGACAAAUCAUAGGCGACGGCAACUUUGCUGUUGUGCACCAGUGCUCGCAUAAGACCACUGGAGCUCACUUUGCACUCAAAAUAAUCAAUAAAUCCAAAUGUAAGGGAAAGGAGGCACUCAUUGCUUCUGAAGUCGCGAUUUUGCGAAAAGUCAAACACCAGAACAUCAUUCAACUCAUUGAAGACUUUGAUUACGCUAAUGAACUCUAUCUAGUCAUGGAGUUAGUUAAGGGCGGGGAUCUGUUUGAUGCCAUCACUUUAGCUAAUAAAUACACAGAAGUAGACGCCAGUCAUAUGAUUCAUGAUUUAGCCGGUGCUCUACAAUACUUACAUUCAAUGAAUAUCGUACACAGGGAUGUAAAACCUGAAAAUUUGCUCAUUUAUGAGAAAAAUUGUGUCAAAUCAUUAAAAUUAGGAGAUUUUGGUUUAGCCGUCGAAAUGGAAGAUAAUCUAUUAUUGUACUCUGUUUGCGGAACACCUACUUAUGUGGCGCCAGAAAUACUUGCCGAAACUGGUUAUGGCAAACAAGUGGACAUAUGGGCCGCUGGAGUCAUAGCUUAUAUACUUCUUUGUGGUUUUCCUCCGUUUGCUAAUGAAGACAACGAUCAGGACUUACUGUUUGAUCAAAUACUUUCGGGCAGUUUUGAGUUUACAGAACCCUAUUGGGAACCCAUCUCAGACUCAGCUAAGCAUUUGAUAACACGGAUGCUUGAAGUCGAGCCUAUCAGACGUUUGACCGCAACUGAAGUGUUGGAACAUCCGUGGGUUGCUGGUGACAGCACCGGUACUAACGAUGUAUUGAAUACAGUCUCUCGAAGACUUAGCAGACAUUUUGAUAAGAAAUCUAACAAUCAAACCGAAAGCUGUACUGAGAAUAUGGCCGGCAUUUCGCUGAUAGCCAGGACAGCAUUGGAUAAGAAGCCGAUCGGGAAUGUCAGGCAUUACUCGCGGCCCUACAGUAAGGGACGGAAUCCAGUGAUCAGAUUUGCUGUGCCUUUGAUUCUUCCGAGAACUUCAUUCUGAUAGUGAUUUUGUGCCAACCAUUCAAUAACUAACAUUCCCUUCAAUUAUACAAUUGCUUAAAAAAUUACUACUAAUUGACUACUAUUUGAUAUGAAAAACUAAUAACUUUUUCAACACUAACUGUCAACAAAACAACUCAUACCUCAUUUCCACUUAUUUUUAUUAAUAAAAUUAUUAAUAUUUUAGACACAAUAC